AUGACCGUUCCAACGGGAAUGCCCAAAAUCGUAAGGCUCGACGCCAAAGACCCCAAGACAACCACCGAGCGUGUCGUCGAGGUCGUUGAACGAGACGGCGGAGUCAUCAUCAAUGGUCUUUUCCCCAAAGAACACACCGAUAGAAUUCGGGCGGAGUUGAAACCAGUGUUUGAUGCCGACAUACCAGAUCCAUCUGGAUUCUUUCCGAAAACGACCCGACGCGCUACAGGGUUGAUUGGAGUUUCAGAUGCAUGUGUUGAAUAUGCCACCAAUAAGUUGUGGAUUGAUGUCUGUAACGCAAUUCUCACAAGUACUUUUCAAGGUUGGCAUGGCGAGUCACUUGAGAAAUGGACAACAAAGCCCAUUAUUUCAUCAACUGUUGGCUUCCAAAUCCAUCCGGGAUCGCGUGCUCAAGAUCUCCACAGGGAUGACAGCGAUUACCAUGCAAUGGGCGACGAGCAUAUUAUGAUGGGCUGCCUUCUAGCGACUACAAAAUCCACAUAUGAAAACGGCGCAACACUGAUUAUACCUGGCUCUCAUAAGUGGGGUCCAGAACGCGUGCCCAAGAAGGAAGAAGCAGUACCGGCUGAGCUAGAUGUCGGCGAUGUGCUCAUAUUUACUGGCAACGUUUAUCAUGGCGGAGGCGCAAAUAAGUCUAUUGAUCAAAUUCGGGAGGUCAUCGGGAUGUUCAUGGUGAAGGGAAUGUACAGACCUGCAGAGAACCAGAUGCUUGCCGUGCCACCCGAAAAGGCGAAGAGGUAUACACCCCAGGUUCAGAGGUUGCUUGGUUACGGAAUCAGUGCCCCUAGUGUGGGAUUUCACAAAUAUCAGGAUCCCAUGCGCGUUCUGUUUGGUGUUGAGGACGAAGAGACAGUAGAUAUGUGA